AUGCUUCACAAUCUCCUAGCACAACUACUAGAUAAGCAAGUUGUAAUCGCCCGACACGGCAAACCUGUCAGCGCUUGCGUUUUAACCUACGAUUUUUUGUCUGAGAAGCACUAGUCCUCACGCGAAAGUAGGCGUCCUCCGCCCGGAUCAACGCUGUCUGCUAAAGAAGUGUCGGAAUUAAGAAAGGUCGGAAAGAAACCAAUCAAACAAAGAAGUCCAAACGCUGGAAAGCAUAACCAUAGGGAGCCGGAGCCAAAGGCGUGCAAUUUACAGGCACGCAUCGCUGACGUGAUUUCUGAGGUUGUAAUGGAGCAGGGGAAAUCCUCUUCAAACAAGAUGACUUGUAGUAGAGAAUUCUAUGAGAUCUUGCAAGUGGUUAGUGAGGAUUUCGUUUGGGAAAUGCUCCUGAAGGCUAAGGUGCUUGCCGAGAUGGAUGGGCGAAGAAAGGUCCUGCAGCAAGAUAUUCGUGCACUUCUAAUUCUAAGUGGCAAAUGA